AUGGGAGAAAAUCUCCGGCGAAAGUCAUCUCCGGAUCGAACUCGGACGGAGAAUUGUGGUAAUGACUUGAGUCGGUCGAACUCAGACGCAUCGUCUUUGGCAGCUGAGAAUUCGAAAGAUGUGUUUCACAAGAAUGUCAAUGCAAACCCGGGUAAGUGCACGGCAUGGACAAAUGAGAAGCACAAUUUAUACCUUGAUCAAUUGGAAGCAUCUUUUGUUGGGCAAUUAAACCGGUCGAUGGGUUUGCUUGCUAGGAGCUCAGAACAGAAUAAGUGGGAUCCAAAUUCAUCUCGAAGAUUGCCUGUGAACUCCAACAAUUCUUCUGAGCAGUUCACAGUUCUACAAGAUGGCUGUUGGAAGAAGAUUAACUUUGAAAAGAAUCAACCACUUUUAAACAUUGCAGCUGAUUCUAAUGUUUUUAGAAGUCCACGGAGAUAUCAUUUCAGAUAUGCAGGUAACCGCUGCACUGUAACAUCAGCUGAUCAUCAACAACACAGUACACUUCAUGGGGGGAGAGUGGAUUUGAAAGGAAAGAGGACUUUCUCCCAUAGAUUAGCAUCAAAUAUGGAGCGGAGUCCUGUAAACUACCUGUGCCAUCAUUAUUCAGUUGGCAGUAUUACAGAAGUUUCAGGUCAGAACUUUGUGGAUGAAGAUCGAGAAGAGAAAUCGAGCAGUUUAUCAGAUGGAAAAAGGUUGAAAACAGCUAUCACAGAUAUUUCCGUUAGAGAGAGCUGAGAUGUGUCUUUGCUUUGGAAUAUUAACCAUACACAUUGGGAACACCAAUUACGAAAGAUGGAAAGCUUCGGGUAUCUUCCCCUGGCACUUAUUCAAAG